AUGGAUAUGCUGAAGCCCCCACAAGAAGAGGAAACCCCACAAAAAGCUUCAGACCUUACAGUAUUUGCCAGCAACUCAACUCUCCAUGGAAUCAGCCAUGUCUUCCUACCUGGUGGAGUGACUCCACGACGAGUGUUUUGGGCUUGUGCCUUUUUAGCAUCCCUUAGUAUUUUCCUUUACCAAGUGGCUGAUCGCAUCAUCUAUUACACACAGUACCACCAUGUUACAACUUUGGACGAAAUGGAAAGUAGUAAGAUGACAUUCCCAGCUGUUACCAUAUGUAACUAUAAUGGCGUUCGCAAAUCUGCCAUGACCUACGAUGACUUACUUGAGGUUGCAGAGAUGUUUAAAAUUAAUAAAGAAGACACUAAAGUGUUGUCAGCAUUCAACAUGACAACAAAGACUCGUUCUAAUGGCAGCCAAAUGCCAUUUAAUGUGACAGAGUUUUACGAUCGCACAGGUCACACUAUUGAUGACAUGAUGUUGGAGUGCCGCUAUCAAAACAAGCCUUGUGGACCUGGUGACUUCACGGUGGUAAGUGACUGGACAUAAAAAACCUUCCACUUUUUCACAAAUUAAAGGGAUUCUACCAUGCCAGAUCUAAUAAUGUCCCCUUUAAAUGUGUACGUUGUGUAGAAGUAUAGACUUGAUAUUCAUACAGAUACAAUAUCGGUGCCCAGGUGCCUCAUGUUAAUAUUCUGUGAAAGAAUUUAGAAAUAAGGCCUCUCAGUUCAGUUAAACUUGAAUACCCAGCUGAUGGAGGUUUUACUAUCCAGUUAUUUUGUCUGACAGAUUCCCUUUAAAUCCUCACUCCUUGGAGGUAACCCAGGAGUUUCUGGAGUCCAGAUAUACAAACUUCUAUGUUAAAUAUAUAAUUAUGUCAGCAGAAUGAUCCUGUCACUGCCUAUAUUGUGUGUGUGUGUGUUUAUCACAUAGUGUGUGCUGUGUAUUGUGUGUGUAGCACAUUCUAUGUAUGUGUUUAUCACAUAGUGUAUGUGUAUUGUGUGUUUGUGUGAAACAUAGAAUGUGACGGCAGAUAAGAACCAUUCGGCCCAUCUAGUCUGCCCAAUUUUCUAAAUACUUUCAUUAGUCCCUAGCCUUAUCUUAUAGUUAGGAUAGCCUUAUACCUAUCCCACGCAUGCUUAAACUCCUUUACUGUGUUAACCUCUACCACUUCAGCUGGAAGGCUAUUCCAUGCAUCCACUACCCUCUCAGUAAAGUAAUACUUCCUGAUAUUAUUUUUAAACCUUUGCCCCUCUAAUUUAAGACUAUGUCCUCUUGUUGUGGUAGUUUAUCUUCUUUUAAAUAUAGUCUCCUCCUUUACUGUGUUGAUUCCCUUUAUAUAUUUAAAUGUUUCUAUCAUAUCCCCCCUGUCUCGUCUUUCCUCCAAGCUAUACAUGUUAAGAUCCUUUAACCUUUCCUGGUAAGUUUUAUCCCGCAAUCCAUGAACCAGUUUAGUAGCCCUUCUCUGAACUCUCUAAAGUAUCAAUAUCCAAUAACAUAGUGUGUGUCGGGUAUUGUGUGUGUGUGUUUAUCACACAGUGUGUGUCGUGUAUUGUGUGUGUGUGUUUAUCACACAGUGUGUGUCGUGUAUUGUGUGUGUGUGUUUAUCACAUAGUGUGUGUCGGGUAUAGUGUGUGUGUUUAUCACAUAGUGUUUGCUGUGUGUGACGAAGUGACCUUCGCCUCUUGCGCCUGGAGAGGACUAAUUUGCCAGGCUCCUGCCAUGUGACUAUGGUCCCUGGGAGACUUUGCCAGUUAAAAAGCACUAUUUGGACUUAUUUGUGUUUAAAAGACUGGUCUGGCCCUUUAAAUGGAACUGGCACAAUUCUACAAUCUUUACUAUGGCACUUCGGAUUCAGCCUAAGUAGUCGAAGUGGCCACCAUUCGAACACGUGGCGGCGGCCAUUUUAAUUCAGCUGAAACUACCUUCCCUGGAACUGACUCAUUCGACAAUUCGAACGCCGUUUGACAAUUCGAACGCCUUUCAACAAUUCGUUCGACAAUCCGAACAGUUGCCGUUCGCCUAUUUGAACUAUAUUUAACAUGGGAAAUAGACCGGCCGCACAGCCUGAUUCUCUGGAACUGUUUUUGGCAUGAAAAUGUUUGUGCGGUCAGCAGGGGCGUACCUAGAGCAUUUGGCACCCGGGGCGGAUCCUGUGCUUGGCCCCCCCAAAAAAAAAACCUGUAAAAAUUUUUAAAGGUUCUCUUUUUUUUUUUACAAUUUGUAAACUUUGCAAAACCGCUGUCAGCCCCUCCUUGUCCUGUCCUGCCCCUCCUACAAAACCUCUGUCCUGUCCCUUCACUACAAAUCCUGUAAUACUGCCUGGAAUCUCUCACCACAAAGCCCACGCACUUGACCCCCUUCCUACAAAUCCCCUGCUUAUCCCCCCUAAUCAAGACUCCUGUCCCAAUACAAAACCCCCGCCCCCUUCUACAAAAUCCCUGCAGCCCCACGCACACAUUUACAGGCAGACAGUCACACACUCAGUUUCAGACAGACAGUCACACACUCAGUUACAGGCAGACAGUUACACACAGUCACAGGCAGACAGUCACACAUACACAUUUCCUCCGUGCGGCCAGUUUAUCAGCUGUUUGCUUGAGUGAGCUGUACUGGCCGCACGGCACACUAACUACCAUGGGACACUGUGCGGCCACAGCUCACACAGCUCCCUCCAGCCAGGGCCGGUACAAGGAUUUUUGCCGCCCAAGGCAAAAGUAAAGUUUGCCGCCCCCCAUGUGACAUCACAAUGCCCCAGCCAUAUGAUUUGCCAUGUUAACUAACGCCAGUGCUGCAGUGCCGCCGUGUUUACAUUAAAAGGCCUGCAAGGACAGGCUAUAGACACCAGAACCACUACAUUAAGCUGAAGUAGUUCUGGGGACUAUAGUGUUUCUUUAAUGUGAGGUAAAUUAGAGCUUAGUGCCACGAAUAAUAUACUAGAUUGCCUACUUACAACCAGAUGAGGAUGAUGAUGGGCUCUAGCUGCAGUCUGGCUCCACUGGACUGGUGCAGAACAGGCUCUCUGGAGGCGGUUUGUAACUGUGGUCACAAAAAUCAAUGUUCUGGGAGAACGGGAAGCAGCUCCAUUUUUUGGGGGUCCUUUACACAGCUCAAGGUCUGGGUCCCAGAGUCCACCUUCAUGUUCCACCAAUGAGUUUGUUCACAGGGGGUGGAGUGUGUAGGGGAUGUCCUGAUAUGUGUGUAAGGAAUGCAUUGUGUGAGAUUGUGUUUGUAUGUGUAAGGGCUGCAAGGUGUGUUUCUGUGUAUGUAUGGGAUGCAUUGAAUGUGUGUAAGGGGUGCAUUGAGUGUGUGUAAUGAAUGCAUUGUGUGUUUCUGUGUGUGUAAGGGAUGCAUUGUGUGUAACGGUUGCAUUGCUUGUGUAUGUGUGUCUGUGUGUGUAAUGCAUUGUGUGUUUUUCUGUGUGCAAGGGGUGCAUUGUGUGUAUGUGAUGAAUGUCAAUCUCUCCUCCCGCUCCAAUUUCCUUCUCCUCCUCCCAAUUUCUCUUUCUCACCCCCCUCCUAAUUUCUCUCCCCCCCUAAUAUCUCUUCCCGCCUCCUAAUUUCUCUCUCACCCCUUCUCUCUCCCCCCCUCCUUUCUCUCUCUUCCCCCCUCCUCCUUCUCACCCCCCUUUCUCCUCUUUCUCCCUGUUAUUCUCCUCUUUCUCACCCCAUUCUCCUCUUUCUCACCCCCAUUCUCCUCUUUCUCCACCCCCCCAUUCUCCUCUUUCUCACCCCCAUUCUCCUCUUUCUCACCCCAUUCUCCUCUCACCCCCAUUCUCCUCUUUUCUCACCCCAUUCUCCUCUUUCUCACCUCCCAUUUCUCUUCUUUUCCUCACCCCCCCCUCCCCCUACACUCCCUGCUUAAGUGGCCGGUGGUAUAGUCCGGCGAGGGUACAGGGAGCUUUUGUUUCCUGUACCCGGCCGGACUAACAGGAAGUGAACACUCUGUGUGCACUUCCUGUUAGUCCGGCCGGGUACAGGAGACAGCUGCUCUCUGUACCCAUCGGACCAGCAUGCUGCAGCAAAGGAAGCUGACAGGAGGGAGCGCUGAGCGCUGAGCGCUGAGCGCUUCCCUCCUGUCAGCCCCUCUCCUCAGGCUGCGCCCGGGCGGUGCGGUCCGCCCUCAUGGACACACCGCCCGGGCAAAGCUGCAGCCGCCUGAGGCUCUCUACAGAGCGCUCGGGCGGCUGCAGCAUGAGGGGGGGGGGGCGGCGGGGCUGGUCAUGGCACCCCCCAAUCUGCUGGCACCCGGGGCGGACCGCCCCCCCCGCCCCCCCCUUAGUACGCCACUGGUGCUGGGGAUGGCUGUGAGGAGAUGUGCUGGGGAUGGCUGUGAGGAAAUGUGAUAAGGAUGGCUGUAAGGAGAUGGGCUGAGGAUGGCUGUGAGAAGACAUGCUGAGAAUGACUGAUCAACCACUGAUGGUCUUUUGGAGAUAAAAAGUAUUCCUUUAUUAGAAGUUAUUCCAUAAAAUAACGUUUCAGCCCACGUUCGGUGCUUUCCUCAGGAUCAACCAUCAUAUUAUUUUAUGGAAUAACUUCUAAAAAAGGAAUACUUUUUAUCUCCAAAAGACCAUCAGUGCAAGCCGUCCUUUACUAUAUAUAUAUAUAUAUAUAUAUAUAUAUAUAUAUAUAUAUAUAUAUAUUUCCAUAAUAAUAUGUUUGUUUAGUUCAAUAUUUCCUGGUCAGAAAUAUUUACCCACUUACCUAAAUGGCUUACAAUAAGUCUGACGGUUAAAGGACUGUAGUCGUUAUAGUGCCAAUAAUGCCCUGGCGCCUGCCCUGCUAAUUGAAAGCAAACUGUUUGCUAUAAGUUUAAAAAUGUACCUGGGAUCCGCCGUGCAGGGUCAGCCCACUGGCUGAGAGUAUCUGCUGAUCGCUCUCAGCCAAUGAUCUAAGUUCUGCUCUUGCCAGGUUUACUUGACGCGGAGAGCUUCUGACUUUCAUUAAAAAGAUGACUAACACCUGGCGGACCGCAAGUAAGUUGCCAAGCUGUUAACAAAACAGUUUGGCUACUCACAUUAGGGGGUGCUAGGGUAGUCCUGCCAUCACAAUCACUACAGUGCUCGGUAGUAGUUAUGGUAGUUGAAGCGUUCCUUUAAAUAAUCAGUGACAUCAUCUUCCCAUCUCGCAAAUGAAACUUAAACAAUAAUGUCCCCUUUUGUUCAUUUAAAAGUUUGAUAAGCAUGUCAUUAUAAAUGAUCAGUGACCGAUCAGCAUUGGGAAUUAUGACUUCCUUAUUUAUUUACUAUUUGCAUUUUUGUACAAAUCCGUGAGACCACUAUAUUUUUUUUUUCAUGAUUUCCAGAAAAUAUUUGCAUUACAUAGUUUCUUAGUACCAUCCUCUAAUCAUAGAGAAAAUGGAAUUAAUUGUGCUUUAUUUUAGUCUGAUCCGCAACCAAUGAAAAGGGUCUUCUCCAUUUUUAUUUCCAACCACCAUUGGAUUUAUUGUGUAUAAGAAAUUAUAUUAGCCUUCCAGCAGUGAAUGGGUCAUAAUUGGCUCUUCCAAUCCAGCUGGAUUCAAUGCAUCAUACUCACUAUGUAGAUAUAGUCCAGGACAUCAAAGAUAACAGCAAAGCAAACAGUAAUUGAGAAUUUCUUUUAUUUUGAAUCAACAUGAUGGAGCAGUAUCGGAAAUGGAAUAAGAUAAACUAUUUACGUAAGGAAAAAAAAAAUGUAAAUUACUCCUACCUGAAAGAUAACAGGGGUAUAAAAUCUGACAUGUGAGAGGGGGGUCAGAUACUGACAGACAAGACCUGCACAUUUGACAUUUCAGGAGCCUAGUGUAAUAUACAAUGGAAUCAGAAGAGUACAGAAGAAGAGGUAUGUUAUAAUGGACUCAUCUGAAAAUAGAAAUAGAAAUAGAAAUCUAAUAUUUAUAUUAUAGCAUGGGAAAACUUGAGAGCCCGUGAUAGUAUGCUAUAGUAUGACCAUUUUUAUUACUAAAAUAUAUUAAGUAAAUAUGCCUAUUGGAAAAUACAUUUUGGGGACCCUAUGUCCUUUGCUCGGUUCGCAAAUGCAUAAUAGACUGAACCAAGAGGCAUUGCAUUGAUACUCAUGACAUUAUUCACUAUACACUGAAUGAGAAUUAAUUCUUGACAAUAAUUGCUGGUUUGUUUUAGCCUAAUAUGGUUUGCUUGCUUUAGCCUGAAAUUUUGCAAUUUAGUUUUCCAUCCACUACAAUUCAGCCUUUGGUGAAAAAUAUCCUCUAAGAGGUGUGAUUACUUCAAAUAGUUUUUUUAAGCUAUUGAUAGACUUAAUUACCUGGAUCCGUGCAUUUAAAAGUGUUUUUUAAAAUAAUUUUAUGAUGAUAUUUUCCCAGCAUACAUAUAUAAUCAUAAGAGAAUAAGGGACUCGUGGAUCAAUAAAUGUGCUGUGUGUAAGUCUAAUGUAUUUAAUAUUUUCUUUGUAUUACAGUUUACAUUUUCUGCUUGUAACAAUAUUCAGAGGCUUUUGAGGAUUACUUUUUUUUUAUAGUAAGAAAACUUCAAUUUACGAACAAGCAAAUAUGUAGCAGACAUUCUCCUACUCGAGAAGCAAACAUUUAAAGGGUUAUUUUCUAAAUUGAAUUUAAAAUGUAAGUUCAGAGUAGCCAAACUGAAAGCAUAGCUAGCUUCGAAAAUAUUUCCAACCUGGUUAAUUUGGCUUACAUUUAAAAUUCACUUUGUCCUACCUGAUGGUAACCAUUCAGAUUCAUUUAAAACAAGUUAUAAACCUAUUUACUGUUUCAUAGUUAUGUUACAAUAAUGGUAAAAUAAUAGGACUAAUAUUAACCACUUUUAUUGCGGAGGAGAAGAGGCAUUAAAUAAAAAGUAAUGAAAACUUCAAUUUAAUUUCAUGUAUACAAAAGAGAAGUUCAUAAAUACAUGUGAAUAUCAUGUAAAGCAUUUACAUUUCUAAAUUAUUCUUCCAGAAAUUCUGCAUAUUUCAACUCAAUGGGGGAUGCCUUCAUUUUACUUUUUUCUUGUUUUUUUUCCUUUCUGUAUGCUUUCUAGGAUUUUCCCAGUAAUAAAUUACAUAAUAGGAAUAUUCCAAUUUAAAUGGUGUAAAUUAGUAGUGUUAUUAUCAAAAUCUAUUUAUAUACAGGAGCCUAACUAUUAAAUAAAGUAGAUGUGGUUGGUGAACAUUUAACAAAGAGUCCAAAGUGAUGAAGUUAUUGGAAACAAAGUUUAUAAUGAAAUAAUUGAAAAUCGAUGUCUAAGGCUUGUCACACCAGCUCUAGACAAAAUGGCUGAUUGUGCAUCACGGGUUAUGUAGUCUACAACAGCAAUAGUGCCAGUGGUUUGCCAUCUGUGAGAUAGAGCAGUUAAGGGUUGGCCAGUCACAUAUUAGUAAUCAAUGAUUUACAUCUUUUUAUUUUAGCCUCCUUUCCCUUCUGGGAGCUGUGUUAAUCUGUUUAUAAUUAAUGUUAUAUGCUCGUAAACUGACAUGUUUUGUAGACAGUAUCAUUUUUCGAAACCCUUGGUUAAAAGUUGCUGCUUGAGCUAAUAAUCGGUAUAUUAUUGCAAUCAUUGAAAUCACCACAUUGAUAAAACGUGUUAAGGUUUGGUAACAGGCUAAUUAUAGGCUAGACCCUAGUGCAGGGCUGCCCAAAAGGUAGAUCCCCACAUGUAUUAAAACAACAGUUACCAUGAUGCUUUGCUAUUCUAAAGGCAUGCAAAGCAUUAUGGGUGGUGUAGUUCUACAACAUCUGGCGAUCUACCUUUUGGGGAUCCCUGCUCUAGCGUAUAUAUAGUCUGAAUAUUUUGUCAAAAAGAAGCCACUAAACCUUACAAAGUUACCAUAUGCUUUGUGUUCCAAAGACAGCCCAGUACAGGUUUCUAAAAUAAAUGCUACCAUUUACAUUAGGGAAGUGAAUUUAGAAUAAUUGUGCUAUUUGGCACUUGUGCAGUCGAGAUAUAUGCGAUUUUGUUUGUUGCUCUAAACCUAUUAUUACUGCAAACCAUUUGAUUGUCCACUGAGUGCAUCUUGUCUUCAUCCAGGUAAAGAACUGGUAGAUUACAUUUGUCAGUAUCUGAGCACAGUGAGAGACAGGAGGGUAAAUCCAGAUGUUCAGCCUGGCUAUAUGAAAGCUCUGCUACCGGAAAAUGCUCCUGUGGAAUCCGAAAGCUGGGACAAUAUCUUUAGAGAUAUUGAGAAGGUCAUCAUGCCAGGGGUAAUGUGAAUAGAACUUCGGAGAUCAUAGGUUUCCCCUAGGGAAAUAGACAAAGUAAAAUACACCAAGUAACAAACAUAAUAAUAGUACAUGUAAAUAAUAAUAAGUAUGCUUGGGAAUGGUGAACAUCGUACAUUUUAUUGAUUUGUUUUUUUGUGUGGAUAGAACGAACUAACCAUGUAAUUACAGCUCUUCACUUGUUACAUGUUUACUGGUAAUUACGACAGUAUCCAGUUUACUGAACAGCACAUUUAAGUUCUUAUUUUUAUUUUAAAAGAUCAAAGCAUUGUCUACACACCAAGGCCAUGUUUUGGUCAGCUGACAAUGAAUGGUGAGAUUUUAUUCAGGAUCAGUAAAAUUAUAUUUUCACCAUAAAAAAAAUUCUGUAUAAACUACUUUAAAAUUGACUUUAUUAUUAGUAAUAAUAAUAAAAAGAAGAAAAACCUAGCGCUCUUUAGCACUGUACUGAAGAAGCUCACUCAAGGAGACAUGAAUCUCAAAUAUUGCUAAGUAUCUCCCCAGUAUGGCAAUAUGUCACUUACAGUUCCAGGCUGCUUUUUCAAUAUAAUAUUCCAUAACUUGUCAUUCUUGUGGUCUUGUGGUCCUUAUAGUACUGAACACCAUGCAUAUAGAAUGCAUAUAUUUGUGUAUAAGGAAAACCAAACCCAUAGAAACCCAUAGAAAUAAACAGUUUCAUAGUUAAUCUAGUAAUCACUGUGUAUACUGACAGACAUGAUUCCUCUGUCAUUCAAAUGUUCUCUGAAUGGAUUCUCAAACCACUAUCUUUAUGUGUCUUCCUCCAGGUGGUCCAUUGGCAGAGCCCCCAUAUGCAUGCAUACUUUCCUGCUCUUACCUCCUGGCCCUCCUUGCUUGGAGACAUGCUUGCUGAUGCUAUAAACUGCUUAGGAUUUACAUGGGUAUGUCGUAUAAUGCAACACAAAAAGUUAUUAUUUGGGCUGUAAGCACUUUUCAUACAUGCUAACAGGUGUUUUUGGUUGCUGAAAGAGGAUUUACAGGUUAUUGCACCAGGAAACGGUAAAUGUUAAAUGUCAAGGAUCCUCUUACCAGUAUUUUCCAUUUAGAAUGUUCAUACAUAAUAGUAAAUGGAAAGAAUGAGACUUAUACGUUCAAAGUAGAUUGUAGUGGAAAAUUCCAUAGCAUUCUUUCACUCGCACACCCAUCGACUGAUUUUGGGUUCCGUGCAGUGCCAGUUUAUUUCAUCUAAUUCUCAGGGUCACAGAUCAGUAUUUUGAAGGACACUCAUGAAUUCCGACUUGUGCAAAGCGAACAACUGCCCCUUGCUCCACCAGUAUCAAUCCUGAAAAAAGACUGGUUUACUCAACCACCAAGCAACAAAAUGAAACUGGCAAUAUUUCAAUACAUGACCUGCCUUUGCCAAGUCUUAACAGAGAUCUUGCUCAGUCUACUGUCCCAAAUCCUCCUGGUAAAAAAAAUACACUUGAGUGCUUCCCCGUGCCUGAUUUUAUUUUAUUAACAUUGAUUUGAAAUCACCUUUGUUUCAGUUUAUUCACACCCUCGCUGUGACGGACACAGCUUGCAUGAAAAAGUAGUUUCAUUUUCAAUUAGAUCUUACAACACGGUGUGUUUUCUUUGGAGGUUUUUAUCUCGUGCUCUGUAAAUUUUAACUUAAAUCACACACAGGUGGCUCCUGAAGGGUCCGACAAGCUAUUAACAGAGCAGGAGAAAAGAAAUUCUAAAUUAAACUGAAUUUGCAAUAAAGGAAGUAUAAACAUUAGAUGACUCUGUACAGGGCGUGUUUAGGAAGGCUGUGUAAGUCACUUGCAGGGAGCUGUUACUAGGGCUGCAUAAACAAAGUCAUUUAACUCCUAAAUGGCAUAGAAUUUGGCAGUAAGGCUGCAGGGACAUGAUGUAUACACCAAAGCCUCUCCAUUAAACUAAAGUUUUGUUUGGUGCUUAUAGUGCCCCUUUUAUACUAGCUUACAUCUACUGAACUGGCUACUGAAAUAUAAUAACUGAUGCCCCUGUUCAUGUGACCUGGCUGGAAAUAUUUUAAUCUUUUAUCAUUUUAGAGUAUCGAUGUACUUGUGGCUGGCUGUUCACUGUUUCAUAGUUUCAGCGGGCUCAGGGUUUGCUCUUUUAGGCAAAUGCAUAGACAUCUUCCUUAUAUAAUAUUAAUGGACCAUUACCACUACACAUAGAACAGCUGAUAUUACAUUGUAGACAUCAACAUGCAUCUUUAAUCCGUAAAUUACAUGUUUUAGAAUUUAAAAUAAAUUGUGAGUGGAAAUCUACUCCUUGUUUGUGACUGAUGACUACAUUAGCCAGACCCGCAGAUGGCCCCUGACAGACAAUCAAUAUGUGUUAACACAAUUGUUAGUUGCCUGUGAUAUACUCACACUGACUGCCUAGUUGUACAUGUGUUUUUGUUAAGGCCUCCAGUCCCGCGUGCACUGAACUGGAGAUUAAUGUGAUGGACUGGCUAGCUAAAAUGAUGGGUCUUCCUUGCCAUUUUCUCCAUCACUAUCCAAACAGCAAAGGAGGAGGAGUACUGCAAGUAAGUGGUCACUUGGCUUGUUGAUAUCUUUUGAUACAGUAUUAUGUAUUGUUGUGACUGUUAAUACUAUUUAUAUUAUGAAAACGUUUUAGCAAUGAAGCAGUACACAGCUAUCCAGAAUAGGCAUGAUGCCACACACAUGACACAUUUUAGAGAUGCAAUUUUUCAUAAAUGCAAAUCUUAAGGUUUUGUAGCAGGGAUUUCCAAAAGGUAGAUCCCCAGAUGUUGUAGCACUACAACUCCCAUGAUGCCUUAGAAUGCCUUUAAAAUAACAAAACACCUGUAGUUUUAAAACAUCUGGGGAUCUACCUUUUAAGCAUCCCUGUUCUAUAGCAUUAGCCAUGAGUGAGACAUCCUUGUAAACAUUCUGGGUUUGUAAGCAUCUCUAUUAGCAAGCAGUUGUAGCUAUUGCUGCUCUUAACCAUCGCUAUCCACUCAGGGUUGUUCACUAAAGUGAGAAUUGUCAGAAUUAAGGCUAUGAUUCCAGGUUAGCUACUUUGGCCUUAAAUUUGAAAAUCACUUUGAAUUCCUAACAUUUCUUAGUAAACAACCCUGUAAGUAAAUUAACUUAAUUGCCAUUGAAUGAAGGAGUAGAAUUCCUGGGUGGAUAAUCACUAUACAUUUUAUCUUGUGCUUUUCUUCAGAGUACUGUGAGUGAAUCAACCUUGAUAGGUCUACUGGCAGCGAGGAAGAAUAAGAUUCUUGAGAUGAAAAGCUCAGAACCGGAGUCUGAUGAUUCGCACCUGAACUCCCGUCUGAUUGCGUAUGCAUCUGACCAGGUAUGUUCAAUAAAAGAUCAUAUGAAUUCACAAUACUCUAUUCAAAUGUUCAUUGCUGAGCUCUUUUUAUGUCACUUGCCAUAAGAAACCAUUAUUAUUUUUUUUUAAAUAAAAGGUUUUCAAUAAAUGCUUCAAUUUUCAUUUCAUACUUUUUAUUUCAUUAUUUUUAUUUUGAUAAUAAAACGAUUUACGGCCUUGAAUUAAUAUUUUUGGAUAAGCUAUUCAUGUGCUUUAAUAUUUUUGAAUAAACUUUGAAAAUUAUUUAUUAUCUGAUUUAUUAUUUGAAAAUAUUUAGAUAUUUUUGGGUAUAUAGCGAUAUAUAUAUUUUUAUAUAUAAAUGAUUUUUUUUAUAUUGUAAUAUUUUGAAAAGAUCAUUUUAAAAGUUUAUCCAAAAAUAUUAAAUCAUUUGAAAAGAGUAUCACAAAUUUAACAGAGACCAAUGUUUUUUAGAAUAAGGAUAGUGCAGGCAUUAUUUUUUACACUCAAUACUAAUAGGAAAAUGCAUUAUGUAAAUAUCUGAGAGCUUAAAUUUCAGGAAAAACAAAGAAAUGCCUAUCUCACCAUUGAUACUAGUAAAAUGCCCAGCUGGGGCAGUAGAGAUCUUCACAGAAUGUUUUACCUGCAUAAACAAAGCAAACCAGAGUGCUUGGAAGACAAUCUGUAAACCAAUAACAUUGAAAAGUGUAAUAUGUAUCAAAUCGGAGAUUUCAUUCCCACCCUAUCAAUUACCUUGUGCGUUUUUACCAAAGGCUUCUUAAAGGACCACUAUAGUGCCAGGAAAACAUACUCGUUUUCCUGGCACUAUAGUGCCCUGAGGGUGCCCCUACCCUCAGGGUCCCCCUCCCGCCGGGCUCUGGGGAGAGGAAGGGGUUAAAAUCUUACCUUUCUCCAGCACUGGGCAGGGAGCUCUCCUCCUCCUCUCCUCCUCCUCUCUUCCUUCAUAGAAAAGUCAUCGGUUGAAUGCGCAUGCGCGGCAAGAGCCGCGCGCGCAUUCAGCCAGUUCAUGGGAAAGCAUUUACAAUGCUUUCCUAUGGACGCUGGCGUCUUCUCACUGUGAUUUUCACAGUGAGAAGCACACAAGCGCCACUAGCGGCUGUCAAUGAGACAGCCACUAGAGGCUCUAGAGGCUGGAUUAACCCUAUUAUAAACAUAGAGGUUAACCCUAGCUGGACUUGGCACCCAGACCACUUCAUUAAGCUGAAGUGGUCUGGGUGCCUAUAGUGGUCCUUUAAGGGGGGAAGGGUUGGAGCUAUAUAUUCUGUAUAGUCACUGGCAUUCUUAUAUGAGAGGAAUCAUGUAGGCUUGUGUGAAUAUUUUAUUCCCCAUGUAGCUCACAUUAAAUAACGCAAAGAGUUAAUAAAUUACUAACAAUAAAUAUACCAGUCCACAACAAGAAGAGUGAUAAUAAUAUUUUAUUUGGUCUUAAGUAACCUUGAACAGAAUGUUUCUCUGCCUCCCCUAAACGCAUUCAUUAACAGAUUAAAAAACAAUGGUCAUUUAAUACAUGGUUCAUUUUUAUGUUCAUGCAGGCUCAUUCCUCGGUUGAAAAAGCUGGUUUGAUAUCAUUAGUAAAAGUGAGAUUUUUGCCAGUGGAUGAAAACUUCUCACUACGAGGAGAAACUUUGAAAGCUGCUGUGGAAGAAGAUCGAAAACGUGGGCUUGUCCCCGUCUUUGUAAGUGAAUCUGUGAAUAUCACAUAAUAAGAAUUGGAAAAUAUUAAAAUACACCUUGGCUGGAUGAUGUAGUCCUCUUACAUAUAAAAAUACUUGACAAAGUGCCCAUUGCCUGAUGUGUGCAUUGCAGAUGGAACGUGACUUAAAGGGACACUCCUCAAAGUGGUGCAAACCUUUUUGAUAAGGAAAUGUUUUUCUGGGGGGAGGGGUCGUGGCUAAAGAGGCAGGCUUAUGGUGCAGCAUUCUGCAAAACAUUUUAUUAUAUGCAAAAAAACUAUGAAGAUUUGGGCAUGCAAAAAAGAUACAGCAUAUUAAUGAGGCCAAAACCUAAUUAAGUGCAUUAAAGUAGUAUUGGUGCCCAGAAUUUUCCUUUUAGGUUUAUUAUUGGCUUAUGCAAAAAUCAAAAGUGAAAAAGGCAAGCAUAAACAAUAUCUAAAGAUGUGGCACUGUGGACAUGCUAGAAUGUAUUAAGAAAAAUAUACCUAUGCAGCAUUCACCAAUACUUAGCGCAAUCCCUGCUGCUUCUAUGAGCCGGAAUACAAAGAACUGCAGUUAGCAUUAACGGGGAGGUUCCUUUGCAAAGCCAUGUCACUGGUGCCUUACAAAAUGUGGGUGCUUCUCAGUUGUACUGUUGUGUUAGAUAGACAGUGAUAAAGUGAUAUUAAUAGUAAUAACUGUGUACUUGAAUUCUGAUGGCUUUACAACAACAGGACCAGGGGGAGCCAAUGGGCUUCCAAAUGAAACAGGAUAGUCCAAGUGAGAUAAAGCUCAGCUAAAUAAUAAUGUGUAUUUACAAUACAGAUUUUAUUAGAUAAAAGCCCUUUCUUUGAGAUCUCAGUGAUGGAUCUCAGUGGAAACCCAAAGUUCUGAGUACCUUUUUCCCAACUCCUUCUUCUAUAAAAUGUGUGAAGUUUGUUUCUGAUGUUCCCAUUAUGCAUUUUGCUUACAAUUUUUAUAUUUCAUUUGUCCUCUGCUUUUUUCUUUCUCUAAGCAUUUGUCUAUAUGUAGUUUGGGUUCAUGUUGUGUCUGUAGGUUUCAGAAGCACCAUUAUAACUCACUUGUGUGCAAUGUGGUGUAUUUAAAAAAAAUGUGGCCCUUUUAAUUUCUCAUUGUGAGGUGAUAGGUCUACAUAAUUGGCAAUCAUGGAUUCAGCAUGGAUUUAUGCUGAACUAAACUGCAGAGGGGAUAACAUGGAGAUUGGGGGUAUCUUCUAAUGGGGUUCUAAUGGUGUAUGGCCAAAAAUAUCUAUGAGCUCUAGUUGCAUUUGAGAUGUAAAGGAUAUAUUGCACUGGUUAGUUGUUUUUAUUGAUAACUUAUCCCACAGUGGUAUACACAAUAAGUAAAGGAAGUAUACAAGUAAAUAACCUACAUGAAUCCUGAACUGGUAUAGACUGUUAUAUUCUAUUCUAUUUUUCUAGGUUUGUGCAACUCUGGGAACAACUGGCGUCUGUGCGUUUGAUAAUCUUGCAGAGCUGGGACCAGUUUGUAAGUUAUAUUUUCUAUUAAAUGUUGCAUAAUGUUUAUUAUACAUUCUGAUCCAAAUCUUCGUACUAACCUUUAACCAUACCAUUCAGGUGCCAAAGAAGGAUUGUGGCUUCACAUUGAUGCUGCGUAUGCAGGCACAGCCUUCCUGUGUCCAGAGUUCAGAACUUUUCUCAAAGGAGUGGACUAUGCAGACUCUUUUACAUUCAAUCCAUCGAAAUGGAUGAUGGUUCAUUUUGACUGUACUGCUUUCUGGUGAGCCCAUUGUAAUUAACUGCAGGAGGAUGCAGAUAGCCAUUGUAUAUCCAUCCUUUGCUCCCAGCUAUAUUUUAAGAAAAUAUAUCACCAGUGCCUAAACGAGCCAUUCAAUCGUGUUAAUCUAUUGACUUGUGUUUAAAGAAAGGUCAUUUUUUUUCUGGUCCAUGUAUAUUAUUUGAGCAAAUGUUUGAAAUUUACAUUUAAUGAAAUGUAUUUUUGAAACUGUGUAGGCCUUUAUAAUGUUCUACGUAUCACUUUGUGUUAUGGGAUGUAAUGAUACAUUGAUCACUUUUCCCUUUUGUCACUUUCAGUUCUCCCUGUUGGGCUAUGCAAACAGUGCAUUUGUAAAAAGAUUCAAUUGGUAACAUAAUCGUAAUUUGGGAGACUCCAGUUACUGUGUGAUUCACUGGGAUAAGGAUAAAGGGCCGCCUUGCACUUGACUUCUCUUCCUCUGGAUUUUAGCUCUAAAAUCAAUACUGUGAGCUUGUCUACACCCCAUCAAGGUUCUUUAAAUUGGCCUUUCUGUAGUGAGCAAGGCCAGAUGCAGGAAUCCUACAUGGCUUGCACCUAAAAGAGUGCUCUAUGUAGCGCUGGUCUUGGUCGUAUUUCUUCUUUUUUUUAAUUUUUUCUACACCUGAAAAAAGAAUCGGUGCAUCCCCACAAACCUUACCUUUUCAAUCCCCGGGUAUCUUAGUGGCACUUGACGAUUCAUUUUUUGAUCACUGAUUUUAAUGACUGUUCUCUAAAAGUGUCAUUUCUUAAGCAUAAUUCAAAAGAAAUAGAUGGAUAUGAAUGAAACUCAUUAUUCUGAUACUUGGUAUAACUUUAUAGGUUCAAUAUUUAAGAUUGAUGUAGUAGAAUACCGGUGAAAAAGGAUUUAUUUUUUGUUCCAUUGUUGAUUUGUUCCAGUGUGUUGUAUAACUCCCAGUCCAAUGACCUUACAGCUACGGCAUUGGUCUAGGCCAGGCAUAGGCAACCUUCGGCACUUCAGAUGUUUUGGACUACACCUCCCAUGAUGCUUUGCCAGCAUUAUGGGUGUAAAAGCAUUAUGGGAGAUGUAGUACAAAAUAUCUGGAGUGCCAAAGGUUGCCUAUCCCUAGUCUAGGGCAAUGCUGGUAAAUGUCACCCUAAAAUAGAGGUAGGCAACCUUUGCCACUCCAGAUGUUGCGAACUACGUCUCCACUGAUACUUUGCCAGCAUGUUCGCUGUAAGAGCAUUAUGGGAGGUGUAGUCCACAACAUUAGGAUUGCCUUUUUCACUAAUGAAGGAUUCGAUGGUGGCCACAUUUGUUCCCCAUGUUUCUUCAAAUGUCGUAAGCAAAUGCACGAGUGAGCAACAUAAAUCAAUCAAAAUAAACAGAAUCUCUAACGGAAUUACUGGAUGAACCAUUAAUUGCAUUUCUGACAUGUUCGUAGUUUUCAUUCUGUUAAUAUUGAAAUUCUUAAAAACUUUAAAAUUGUGAAACCAUUAGAAAGGCUAAUUUGUAUUAUUCCUUCCCUCUUAUUAGGGUGAAGGACAAAUACAAACUUCAGCAGACCUUUAGCGUCAAUCCCAUCUACCUCAGGCAUGCCAAUACGGGUGCAGCGACUGAUUUUAUGGUAAGUGUGUGUAUGCACUAAAAGGAAAGUAUGUAGCAAAGUGUCCUACACUGUAAUCUACUUUAGUAUCAGCAAAACGAUUCUCUAUCUGCUGGGUUAAUAAUUUAAAGAUUUACUGGUGUAGAAUCCUUGCUUGUGAUAGUUCAGACAUGCUUGCUAACUUUUAUUUUAUUGUUUGUUUAAAUAAAUACAAAAGAAAUCAAUUAUAGAACCCUCAACGCCAAUAUCUCCAUGAAAUAAUUAUUUCCUGUCAUCAUUUUUUUGUAAUUUGUAUGAUUUAUUGGACCUAUUGUGGGGUGACACUAUACUGUAGCCAUCCGACUUAGCAAAUAUAAGCCAACAUUAGUUCCUUUAAUUUAAUUGUUUUUUUAAUGCUAUGUUGGGUUUCUAUGUUGUUUUUGUUUGUCUGUUUGUUUGUUUAGAGUUUUUUUCUUUUGUAAUAAGACUCACAAGUCAUAUGUGAUAGGUUAGAGCUUAGCAGUAUAAUUGUUAAUUUACUACAACCCAUCAUUGGCUUCACACAUAGCUGCCAUUAUUAAGGAUUACUGUAGUGGAAAUAAGAAAGGGAUGGACUCCUAUUUACUCACGUUCAUACUUGGAUACCACAUUCUGGGUGUUUUGUAGAGUUUAGGAACCCUCUUAUUAUUCUCUACAAGUAUAUUUUCAACAUGUAAGGAGAGAAACACUAUAUUGUUAUCAGUUUUGGUUCUGUUACCUCUUUGCAGCACUGGCAAAUCCCCCUCAGUCGCCGUUUUCGCUCUCUUAAGCUUUGGUUCGUGAUUCGGUCCUUUGGAGUUAAAAAUCUUCAAGCACACAUCAGACACGUGAGUGUUAUGUUGACAUAUAUGGCAUGAAGGUAUUGUACUGGGGGAGUGCUCUCAUAGCCUGCGCCUUCCACUUACCUCUGUUUAACUAAAGUGGGGAUCACUUAAAUAAAGAUAGUUCCCAGGAUCUGUUUCUGUAGGCCCAGCUAUCAGCAAACAUCCACACAUUUUAAUUAUAUAAAUUUGUGUGUAUAUAUAUAUAUAUAUAGAAAAAUGAAAAAAAUACCGGCACUCUAGGCUUUCUUCAUCCAAUUUAUUGUAUGGUUCCCAAGUUGUCAACGUUUCAGCUCCCAAUCGGAGCUUUCAUCAGGACACAUAUAUAUAUAUAUAACUAUCCAAGUUAAGUCAACGUUUCGGUCCAAACUGACUUUUAUCAAGACUGAAACGUCGACUUGAAUAUGUGCUAAGUAAAAGCAUUAGUUGUUUAUACUUUAUAAGACGUCUGAGUGCACUCUUAUUGCAUACUUAUAUUUUGGCUGGAGCUGGCACCGAGGUAACUACAAGACUGGGGAAGCAGUAGUUAACCAUAGUUGGUGUUUAUACAUGUGACUGCUUUAUUUAAGCAGUACUAUUUGAUGUAGCUCUUUGCAUUUCCUCACUAGAUGCCAGUACUGGAGGAUCUAUGUGUUUUACUGCCAGCAAGGAUGAAACAGUACAGUCAUAUUUGGUGCAUUCAGAGGAUAUAUUUUUUAGCUUGUAUUAAAGUAAACAUUCACAUUGAAGCUUUUUAGCAGACAGAUAUUCCAUUAUGUUACAAAGUAUUUGCAUCUGAUUGAUUUCUAUGAAUUAUUUUAGGGUACAGAACUGGCCAAGUAUUUCGAGUCUCUUGUCAAGAGUGAUUCGCUGUUUGAAAUUCCAGCCAAGAGACACCUGGGAUUGGUUGUGUUCCGAUUAAAGGUAAAAAGGGUGCGCAGAGUUCUAUGUGGCUGUGGGUGGCGGGACGAGCAAAGGAAAAGACAUGGAAAACCCAGUGGAAAGUUAUAGUUAUUACUGGAAACAUUGCCAUCUGAUGGGCAUGACUACAUAUUAAUAGGCAAAACCAGGCAUCUCAGUGAUCUGAUAUGAUGAAAAAUAAUAAUACUUUUUUGAAUUUAUUUUUUUGCACAUUGCCAAAUGUGUGCAUUUUGCAGAAACUGGUUGAGCUAUAGCAACUGUUAAUAGCUUCUAUUAUGUCGGGAUUUAUGGAACAAUACAGAAACUUCUAUGCCUCCAACAAACUCGCACAUUACAAAUUUAUGUAGAAGAACUACAUUGCCUCUCCACAGACUUUAAAUAAUGAAUGAACUGUCUUAAUACCAGUGAAUGAAAACUACUGACACAGACAGAAGUUAGUGACUACUUACUCAAAAGACAUCAUAUAAACACAUCUUUCUGUUCUACUUGUUCAUCUAUUCUAGAUGAAUAAUAAUAAUAACAAUAACAAAGUAUUUAACCAGCACAGGUACAUUCAGAUUACUCUGGUUUCCAAGUACGUCCUGUUCUUAAAUGAAAGUGAUGUCGUUUGGUGCAAAAGAGUCACAUUGAGUUGUGGAACUUCUUUUUUUAUUCUUUAUUUUAAAUGAUUUUGUUUUAAAAUACAUAGUUCCAAUGCCCUGUGUACACAAUGCAUUUAUUCUUAUUACUAGCAAUUAUAAGGCGCCAACAUAUUCUGUAGUGCAGUAUAAUUGGAGGGAAAGGACAGUACAAUAUCCAAUGUGAAAAUACAUCAUAGUUGCCAACAUUUGAAAAAGAUUUGCAGGGACACUUUGCAGCAAAGCUAUCAAUUACUACCUUGAAAAUUUACCACACCCAUUUCCACAAAGCUCCACCCACUAUGUCCAACCCACAUAAUUAAUCUCCGCCUACUUACAGUGCAGAUAACAGGGUCUACUGAAUAAAGAGAGAAUUGAGAAUUGAGAUGGUAAUUUUAAUUUAAGGCCAAAGUAGCCGAGUUGGAAACAUUCUCCCAUUCAGCUGCACUAUUUCGACCUAAAGUUUGAAAUUCCCACAAUUCCCUCCAUUUUCCCCCUUACAGAGUAGACCUUCAUAACACCAAGUUCCCUCCUAAAGUACCAUGCAUCCUUGGUGUGCGAUAGAUACAUGCGCAGCACAGCAACUAUAUCAGGCAGGUACAUUUUAUCACUUUAAUGUGAGUUGGGUAUUAGUAGUGACACUGUCAGUACAAAUAUACAGGGAGUGCAGAAUUAUUAGGCAAGUUGUAUUUUUGAGGAUUAAUUUUAUUAUUGAACAACAACCAUGUUCUCAAUGAACCCAAAAAACUCAUUAAUAUCAAAGCUGAAUAUUUUUGGAAGUAGUUUUUAGUUUGUUUUUAGUUAUAGCUAUGUUAGGGGGAUAUCUGUGUGUGCAGGUGACUAUUACUGUGCAUAAUUAUUAGGCAACUUAACAAAAAACAAAUAUAUACCCAUUUCAAUUAUUUAUUAUUACCAGUGAAACCAAUAUAACAUCUCAACAUUCACAAAUAUACAUUUCUGACAUUCAAAAACAAAACAAAAACAAAUCAGUGACCAAUAUAGCCACCUUUCUUUGCAAGGACACUCAAAAGCCUGCCAUCCAUGGAUUCUGUCAGUGUUUUGAUCUGUUCACCAUCAACAUUGCGUGCAGCAGCAACCACAGCCUCCCAGACACUGUUCAGAGAGGUGUACUGUUUUCCCUCCUUGUAAAUCUCACAUUUGAUGAUGGACCACAGGUUCUCAAUGGGGUUCAGAUCAGGUGAACAAGGAGGCCAUGUCAUUAGAUUUUCUUCUUUUAUACCCUUUCUUGCCAGCCACGCUGUGGAGUACUUGGACGCGUGUGAUGGAGCAUUGUCCUGCAUGAAAAUCAUGUUUUUCUUGAAGGAUGCAGACUUCUUCCUGUACCACUGCUUGAAGAAGGUGUCUUCCAGGAACUGGCAGUAGGACUGGGAGUUGAGCUUGACUCCAUCCUCAACCCGAAAAGGCCCCACAAGCUCAUCUUUGAUGAUACCAGCCCAAACCAGUACUCCACCUCCACCUUGCUGGCGUCUGAGUCGGACUGGAGCUCUCUGCCCUUUACCAAUCCAGCCAUGGGCCCAUCCAUCUGGCCCAUCAAGACUCACUCUCAUUUCAUCAGUCCAUAAAACCUUAGAAAAAUCAGUCUUGAGAUAUUUCUUGGCCCAGUCUUGACGUUUCAGCUUGUGUGUCUUGUUCAGUGGUGGUCGUCUUUCAGCCUUUCUUACCUUGGCCAUGUCUCUGAGUAUUGCACACCUUGUGCUUUUGGGCACUCCAGUGAUGUUGCAGCUCUGAAAUAUGGCCAAACUGGUGGCAAGUGGCAUCGUGGCAGCUGCACGCUUGACUUUUCUCAGUUCAUGGGCAGUUAUUUUGCGCCUUGGUUUUUCCACACGCUUCUUGCGACCCUGUUGACUAUUUUGAAUGAAACGCUUGAUUGUUCGAUGAUCACGCUUCAGAAGCUUUGCAAUUUUAAGAGUGCUGCAUCCCUCUGCAAGAUAUCUCACUAUUUUCGACUUUUCUGAGCCUGUCAAGUCCUUCUUUUGACCCAUUUUGCCAAAGGAAAGGAAGUUGCCUAAUAAUUAUGCACACCUGAUAUAGGGAGUUGAUGUCAUUAGACCACACCCCUUCUCAUUACAGAGAUGCACAUCACCUAAUAUGCUUAAUUGGUAGUAGGCUUUCGAGCCUAUACAGCUUGGAGUAAGACAACAUGCAUAAAGAGGAUGAUGUGGUCAAAAUACUAAUUUGCCUAAUAAUUCUGCACUCCCUGUAGAAAGACCUUGUGCAGAUGUGCUUCAGUCGGAGAGUUGUCUACACCAUAGAACAUACAUUAGUUCACAAAAAUAAUUAUAUUGGGGAGUGACAGUAAAAAAAAAAAAGCUAAAAAUAGGAAAUGGAGGAUAUAGAAGGAGAAUGUACAGAAUGGAAUUAAUGAGAGAAAUGGGAGCAAAAGGAAAACAUAUGCACAUAUUCCAUUAGCCCCUCUUCAUGUCCCCAAUUCAACAACAUGUUAAAUGUCUCAGAUUGAGACUUCAGUCACGACUCCACUGCUUCUGAUUCUUCCAGUUCCAGGAGUCUUAUACGUGUAUUAUAAAAAGGGGGCAGCACAAUACAGAGAGCACUGACUGUCCCAGCUUAUUAUACACACAGACCUGUAUUAAACAGGGAUCACUGACUGUACUGGGAUAUUAUACACACAGACCUGUAUUAUACAGAGAGCAGCACUAUACAGGGAGCACUGACUAUCCUGGGAUAUCAUGCACACAAUGACCUGCAUUUUACAGAGGGCAGCACUAAACAGGGAGCACUGACUCUGUUAUACAGGUCUAUGUGUUUAUAAUAGAGACGUACAGGAUACCGCACUCACAAGGUAAACCAAGGCUGGCCAGGCCUCCCUUGCAAGAUGUUGCUCUCUGUAUAAUACAGGUCUAUGUGUGUAUAAUAUCCUGGGACAGAGAGCAGCACCAUACAGGAAGGAUAUUGUGCACACAGCCCUUUAUUAUCGAUAAAAAUAAGCUUAUACUUAUAUACCUCGAACAGAUGCAAUACAUACAUACAAUUCAUACACACAGACUGCUGAACACAUUCACACACAGACUGCUGAGUACACGCACACACUGACUGCUAAAUAUACACACACACCAACUGCUAAAUACACGCACACACACACACACACACACAGGGCCGGACUGGGGAUAAAUCUAUGCCAGCCCCAUAAGUCAUUGUGCUAUGUAGGGUGUCGAGAUAUAUAUUAUUGAUACAUUUCUUCUUCUAAUUGAAAAUAUUAGUCCUUUCAGGGUAAUUAAAUUAUACAGUCCCAGCAAAAAUGAGACAGUUGGCAACUAGGGCCGGGCGGAAUGACUAAUACAAUGUCCGAGAGCUGAGCUCCAGUCACUGAGGCUCUUUUAGACAAAGAAAAUUAAAGGAAGCUAUUUGUAAAAUGUAAGAUUGCAAACUGCUGGAGAGGCAUGCUAUACAUUUAGAAAAUACAUGGGUGGGUAGUGCUAAUGAAAAUGAAGAGUCUUGUUGCUGCUAACUGGGUUUGUGGACUGAGGCCCAAGGAGCAGAGAUGGAGAUGAGACAUAGUUAUAUGAAGGUAUUUACAGCCAGGAGGGGCAAAAAAUGGAGUGAGGGGAGGUAGGUAGAGCAAACUUGUGUUGUAUACAAUUGAAAACUUUACCAUCCAAGUUCUGUCACCUUAAAUAUUAAUAACUAGCAGUACACGAAAUAGUGGUGGAAUACAUUCAUGAAAUUAUCAGAAACUUAAUAUUCAGAAAAUUGCAGUGAUCAAUUACAGGUAUAAACUGUAAUAUUGCUAUAGUAACAAAUAAUAAUAUGGUGACAGACAGUAGAAUAAAUAGUGUGAGUAUCUUUCAAACCUCAAUCAGUACCAGAAAGUUGCAAGGAGAGGCAAAACAAGUCCCUAUUCUGUAGCUAGCUAGAUUUGUGGGGUGAGGCCUGAAAGUUGCAGGGAGAGGUAAAAUCAGUGCUAGCUUUUAAAGUAAUGCAUUGCAAAUUACUUGCAAAUGUCCCUUUAACACAUUUAGACAAGAUCUGGAGAAUAUUACACUAUUGCUCUGGAGAAUAGUAUAGUAUAUAGAUGAGCAGUAUUCACUGAGUGACUCUAGAAGAUGUAGUCAGGUGUGAGCAAUCAGAACAUGGAAAUAUUCAUGUCUUUCGUCUUUUGUGUUUUUGUCCACAUACACAGGGUCCCAACUCUUUGACAGAGCAAGUCUUAGCAGAUCUGACAAAGUCCGGAAAGAUGUUCCUUGUCCCGGCAACGAUUCACGACAAGCUCAUUAUUCGUUUCACGGUCACCUCUCAGUUCACAACCAAGGAAGAUAUUCAUCGGGACUGGAUUUUGAUCCAAGAGACUGCUAUCAAUGUCACAAAUCGUUUUCACAGUUCCCAAAUCAUAAAUGGCUCAGUUCCCAAUGAAGCUAUUACUAUAUCAAACCCUCACAUUAAGAGGAUGGAUGACCAAGAAGAGACUGCCCAGAGAGUCACUGUCCAGCCAAAGCAUGGUGGAUUCACUCCUAAAGAAUGGAUUGAGGACAUUUAUGAAGAUAAUUUGGAUCCUUUUGAUGAUUGCUUCCCAGAAAAUGUGCCAGUGGCUACCAAACUUAGGCCAACAACUUUCAAGUAUAGGUAUUGGUCAAUACAAGAUAAGAGAAAGUCUGCACGGUCACUGAGCUGCAACAGUGUCCCUGUGCAUUCUCCGAGAGAGGCACCAGUGGAAAAGCUGGUUUUACAAGAUGAACUUCAGAAAGAUGGUAGCAUCCUCUCCAAACUCCCUGGAAAGGUCAUGAUCCUUGAAAAAAAUGCUUUUAGAAAAUUAAUAAAAUUUUACAGUGUACCUAGCUUUCCGGAAUUCAGCAUCCAAUGUGGCCUUAAGUUGCCCUGCUGUCCAUUGCAAGCACUAGUUUAAAAAGGCAAUGAUUACUUAAUCUUUGAAUCUCUUUUAGCAAUCUGUGGUACUGUAUUCUUCUUACCGGGAAAUAGGUCAAUCUUAUUCAGCAUCAACUAGGAAAUUUCAAAACUGUGGGAAAACCUGAUAAACAUGGCAUACAUAUAUCACGAAGCAUGCCAUCAAGGUGCGUUGCCAAAUUCUAAAAUCUCCUGGGGCGCAUAUCAAACAUGAUAACCCUCCCCCAUAGGGAUGCAUUAAAGGCCAGUUGCCGAUUACACCCUUUAACCCUUGCAGUCCUAUAUCCCUGAUCCUGAAAUUUUAUUGCCCUAAUACCCUUCACACCUUUGUGUCUCUUCCCGUCUCCCCAACACCCAUUUUUGCCUCUCCCUCCACCUUCCAUAAACCAUCUUGAUUAUCUCUCCCCAUAUCCCUAAACCCCAUUUUUGUUUCUCCUUCUCUCCAUCUCCCCUUAGAUCUAUUGCUGUUUAAUCUUGUGGCUGCAAGGAAUGUGCUAAAGCUGGUCUGUGCUGGUUUGAUUCGCUGCCACCUAGUAUAAAAUUAUAAAAGCAUUAUUUUAUUGCCACCUAAAUGGGACUGGGUUGAAGAGAUCCAGAUCCAGGGCAUUAGCCACUAAUAUCACUCCAUUACAACUCAUAUGGUGCCAUCCAGCAUAAAACAUCCCUUACAUAACACCCCCUGCAACAUGGAGAUAUGUUGGUACAUUCAGUGGCUGCACAGUGGACACUUUAACACUAAAAAGGAAAGUAGGGUAAAUAAUGAGAUCACUGUUGCUAAUAUACCAAACCCAAACCACAUCAAAAUGUCCACAAAGAAAUAUAUUGCAAUGGUCACGGUGCAACAAAGCUGCUGGUUACAACCUAUUCCAUGCUAUUCUGUUUAUUUUUGUAUCAAAUCUCCGUCACACAUACUCCACCCACUUCCCUCUUUUGUCAUUCUGUAGACAUAUAGUUUGCUUCCCCAUUUAGCUGGUAGUGUUAGUAUGAUAUGAGAUGUGCUCCCUGCUCUGAAUAUUCAAGCCUGCUUUCUUAACUUGUGCAAUCUGUGUUGUGAGAGCGCAUGCACACUGCACUAUUUUGUGUCUAGCAAAGAGAGUGUGUGCAUAUACCUCUAUUCCAUGUCUAGCUAAGAGAGCGCAUGCAGACAGCACUGCUAUGUGUCUGGCCAGUGGGGUAUCCUGGUUUUGUGCUGCCCUAGGCAUAGCAAAACUCAGCUCCCCUCCCCCGCGCCACCCCCCGCCAUACCCCCUUCCCCACCUUCUAAAAACACACUCACACAUUCACUGACAGACAUACAUACAUACACUAGCUAACAGACAUACACACUCACUAACAGACACAUACAGUCACUAGCAAAUACACACAUUCACUAACAGACACGCAUAGACUCUCACUAACAGACACACACAAACUAACAGAACCACACAUAGUAACACACUCCCUGACAUACACUCACUAACAGACACACACACACACAUAAACAGACACACACACACACACUUACUAACAGACACACACACUCACUAAUAGACACACACGCACUCACUAAUAGACACGCACUCAGUAACAGACACACACACUCACUCACUCACACACACUCACUCACUCACUCCCUAAUAGACACACACACACCCACAGACACACACACUCACUAAUAGACACACACGCACUCACUAAUAGACACACACUCACUCACUCACUGACACACACUCACUCACUCCCUAAUAGACACACACACUCACUACUCACUAACAGACACACACACUCACUCACUAACAGACACACACACACACUCACUCACUAAUAGACACACACACACACACACACAUUAACCCACUUACUUUUUCUUUUAAAAAUUCAAUUCCCACAGCCUCCUUACCUUUGGGAAUGCUGGAGCGGGGGUUCUCCCUCUCCCUGGGGCUGCCGGUCGGGCGGCGCUUGCGAGGGAGCACGGUGUCACUCUGCAGCGAACGAGAGAGCUGAGCAGAGAGCUCAGGGGAAAGUGCUCCCUCGCCAGCCGCCCGCACGACUGCCUGGAUUGUCAGUUAGCCGCAAGGCUAACAAGCAUUUGCCCUGGGCAUUUGGGGGCGGCUUUUUUGGCCACCCCCUGGAAAAUGCCGCCCAAGGCAAAUGCCUUGUUUGCCUCGCGGCUAAUACGUCCCUGCUGUGCUUACACUUUUAUCGGAUAUUUCAAGAGUACUGACUUUAACAGCAUGAGCAGGCAUUGUAUACUUACACCAUAAAAAUAUUUGAACGGCAGAAUUGGAAACCUUUAAUUACACAAAAUUCUGUAAGAGUGCAGGAGGUGGAGUUUGGACUUGAAUAAACUGCUAUUUAAAAGUAUGUCAUAAACUGUCAUAUAAGUAUAUCCUUCCUUUGCACAGAUUGCACAUAAAAAUAAUUCAGUCAAGUACUGCAACAAGUGUUUCCACAAACCAUUAGACACGCAGCUCGCAGCAUUGAUAUAUAUUAUGACCUUUAGUCAUGGUUUUUGAAAAUGAAUUAUUGCUUGCCAUUAAUGUAAAAAAUCAUUUUCUUAGAAAUUACUGUAUCUGUCAUUACAUUCACUACAGCUGCUCUAUUGCAAAUAAUACAUGCUAAUUAUUUUCUUCAAAAUCAGGUUAAAAGGUCCAACCCGUUGGACUACAAAUUUAGAUUCUUGUCCUACAAAUGUAUUUGACCCCUCAAGGAUCUAAUGGUACACUUUGUAUACAUCACAAUCUUGUGCCCAGAGAAUGUAUGGGAGCAUGGUUUGCCCUGUUUAUUUAUCUAUGUUGGCUAAAUGCCAUCAUGCACCCUUAAAGUGAAUUGGCUAUUGAAAAGUCGAGAACAGAUUCUUUUGACAACAAAGACCAUUAAUUCUUUAGGGAUUAAUUGAGGCCACAUGUUCCUGUGGAUGGAUGGAAGCGAUUCAGGGUGUUGAACAGGCGCAUGUUUACACAUUGUAUCUGAACCAAUCAGUAAAAUGAUCAUAUACGAUUUGUUAUUGUGAUUUCAUAUGUGAUAUAUACAUAUGCAUAUAUAUGAAUGUGCAAUUAAAUAUUUUAUUUGUAUUUUAGGAUCCACUAUAUUUGUCACUGAUUUGUUAAAGCAAC